UGGCAUCAGCGGAUCAUAUGACGGAAAUUGGUGAAGAAAAGCGGGAAUAGAGUGUUUUAUUUUCGAUUUUUGAUAACUAAUCUACAGUAAUCCUUCUUAUUAACAAUGGCAGAUGAAAAGGAAGAAGUUAUUGACUCGCCAGAUAUCCACUUUGAACCAGUGGUAUGUUUGCCUCAAGUUGAACUGAAAAAUAUGGAAGAAGAUGAAGAGGAGUUACUGAAAUUACGGGCCAAGCUGUUCCGUUUUGAUAAAGAAGCUGAGCCGGCUGAGUGGAAGGAGCGUGGAACGGGCGACGUGAAGCUGAUGAAACACAAAGUGACGCGGAUGAUCCGGAUCAUCAUGCGAAGAGACAAGACACUAAAGCUCUGUGCUAAUCAUUACGUGAUGCCGUAUAUGGAUCUGAAGCCAAACUGUGGUAGUGAUAAAGCUUGGGUAUGGACAACAACUGCAGAUUUUGCUGACGAGGAGAAGAAAACUGAAUUGCUUGCCAUCAGAUUCGCAAAUGCAGAAAAUGCACAAAAAUUUAGAGAAAAGUUUGAAGAGAGUAAAGAAAUUAUGGAAGAGGUCUUGAAGAAGGAAAAAAUAAAUGAAAAUGGCAUAAGAGAUGAAAACAAAGGUACUAAAGAUGAAUUGAGUAAUGAAGCUGAAUCAAAUUCACCGCAGAAAAAUGUGGAAGGAGAUGCAUCGAAAGACGACAGUGAUAAAAUUUCAGAAAAACUUGGUGAAUUAUCAGUGACUGAUUCUGGUGAUAAGAAUGCUAGCAGUAACGGUGACAAGGGUAGCACUGACUGUGUACAGAACACUGGAGACUCGACAACUAAAGAGGACUGAAAGUAAUACGAGUGUUUUUAAGCUAAAACGUUGUGCUCUGUGAGAAUCCCAUUUCAUUUACAACAGUGUUUUACUCUGGAAUUACUACUUGGCGUAAUCGACAAGCUGAUCAGGAAAUUUAACAUCAUAAAGACUGAAAACUGAAAUAGUUUGACGACGACCUCUUAAAAUUGUCGAAUGAGAGCAGUCAUUUGACAUUUUUGUGAUAAGAUUGACAUGAUUGUUUACACAAAUAAGAAUAUUAGUGGAUGUAUUAGCAGCAAAGAAUGUGUGCUUUAGAGCUUGUUCAUUAUUGAUUACCUAUAUCUGACUUGGUUAAUAACUACAUAAAGCUUGGAAGUGGUUAUAUUGUAUCCUGAUGACAUCCUCUGUUUUUGAUAUUAUACACCUUGAAAUUAAUUUAGCAUCACCUAAAUUGUAUUGCAAGUAAAUGGCGCCUAGAAGCAGUUGUCUAUGCUGAUAGGGGUAAAGCCAGAUAUUGACAAUUUUUACAUGUUCUGUAUCUACUCCGUAUUUAUUAAAAUGGCAUGAAUGAAUUACUUAACGAAACCACAUAAAUGUGGUGUCAGCUCCAUAGUUAAUUGCCAUACAUUUUCACACACAUAUUUAUAGUUUGUCUUGUCCACUAGAAUGUGUUCAGUGUGUCGUUAAAUAAAACAUUUCCUUCCCGUCCACUAGAAUACAUUCAAUAUUGAUGCAAUGUCGGUGUUACUUGCUGUCUAUCAUUUUUGAAAUAUCCCCUGUAUACACACAGCAUCAGGGAACAUUUAGUUUUUUUUAAUCUUGAGUAACGGUAUUUCUUGUUGAUUGACAAUUGAUUACCAACUGCUGUUUAAUGUUUUAAAAUUGUGUAGCGAUCUUUGAAACUUAUGUAGCGAAUCGCAACGUGACACGAAUAAAAUGUUCCCUGAAAAUUUGGUUUUAUAUCCACGAAAUGUUCACAAUUACUUGCAAAGUAUUAAGUAGUGAAACGUAGGUGGUGCUUAAUUAAUUUCUAGGCAUAUGUUAGUAUUUGGUGUAUGGUCAACCUAGAUGCUCUUUGAAACUGUGUGCUAUGAUUUCAUGUCCAGUUGCUGUUAAACAGAUUCGUUUUGUAUUUGGUUUGCAUAAGGAGAACUAACGAAUUGUCAUGUGUGUAUACAUUGUAUGUAGCAGGGUUCAAACUGUCAUUCACCAUAUUGUUCAUAACCAAUGGAGUUUGAAGUUGGCAAAUAUUUUUAUAUUUUCCAAACGGCUUAAAUUGAGAAUUGUUUAACAAGUGUGUACAUGUAUGUAUUUGCAUUUCGUUUCGUUGAGUAAACAAAUAUUGCCAAAUUGCUGGCAAUACACUUUGUGUGUGUGUGUACAACUUAAGUCUCCAUUUGUGAAUUUAUGUCAUCUGUUGUCAUUAUGGUAAUACUGUAAUGGUUUCCCAUAAUCCAAAUUGGUGGAGCAAUUAAUACAUCCACUCAGAUUUUUUCAUGGCAAGGUCUAAUAAUGUCUUCCCACGUAUAUCUUGUUUUCUCUUACACAAUUAUUGUUUUCUCUGCUUUCUUUUUCUUUCCUGGCACAAAGUAUUGUGGUUCAUUACAUUUGUUCAUGUCAUUACAUUUUAACAUGAAUGCCUACUUUGUCAACUAGUGUUCAAAUGGGUAGGAUUGCCUAUAAGAAUUUGUUAACUCUGUAUGCUGCCCAGUGUUACAGUGUCUGGGACACUAGACAGGAUCUGCUGCCUGGUGGAAGCACCUAUAUCUCUGUCCAAAUUUAGAUCGGGGUGUCCCCACUAUCUUACUACUAACUGUAAUAAUUUAAACCCACCCAAAAUGUUUCAAUAAUUGUGGAGGUACCAUGUUUCAAUGCAGCCAGUAGUGUUUAAAAACUAAUCCUUUAUACUUUAGAGAGGGAGGGAGGGGUUAUUUAAGCAUUUUGGUUUUUUUCAACUAAUUGAUUUUAGUUGUUGAUGUAUUCCAUAGGUACCUUUAUUCAAGAUAGUUUUUUUUGUGAUCUUCAUCUUUCUCAAAAAAAUUUUUAUUUGUAAAAGGGUUCUUGUAUUUCACUGGUUAUCAGAAAGUACAUUUUUAUCCACAUAUUUUCGAAGCUAUCUUGGCAUGACAAUAUCGAAAACCGGCAUAGCCUUUGACUAAUAAUAUAACCCCUGAUGGGUUUACGAUACUGUCGCACUGGAAUAGCUUUGAAAAUAUGGGCCCAGGUUUAUUUGACUGUUUAUUUUGUGCAUUGUAAUGAUUUUGUUUUCACCAGUUGUAUAAUUCUGAUCACCUGCUGUAUAAUCUGUUUCAAAAUGAGAUUCUUGUAUGAUGUCCUUUUUGAAAAAUAUAUUUAUCCUGUGGUCAAAUAACUUUACCACACAGACAUUUGCCAUAAAGGCAGGUGUUAAAAGUAGCUACAAGCAAACAUUUUUUUCGGUUCCUGCCUAUUUAAAAUAAACUACAUGUACAGUUUGUAAAUUUGGAUCUAAUUGUGUUUUGAGAUGUGGUAAAAAUAGUCGAUUGAAAUUGUUGAAAAUCAGUUGUUGGGACUAAUGUGUUACACAACUUGUACUUGUGUUAUUAAUAUUCUGUCUGUGGAUUUUUUUUACUGCUGCUAUUGUCUUUCAUCCUAUGUAAAUCAUUGGGUUUCAUUCAUUCUAUCAAAUCUUGCAAGUCUGCCACCAGUUAUGGGUGUUCAUCACAGGGUUUGACAAAUCCACUGGCCCUUAAGUGUCCCGGCUAGUGAAUUUUUGGUCUGUGUUAGUGGAAAUUAUCAGCUGUAAUACUAUAGUACAUAGGACACUAUCCAAAGCUUCCGUAAGGGCUAGGAAAUUUCUCAAACAUUUGUCAAACACUGGUUCAUUAUCAUUGAAAGUGCAUGCAGGAGGCUGGUAGAAAAGUAAGACUUGGGCGAAACUGGUUUCCGGGCAAAAGAUUUUUCCAACCCUGAAGAGUAUCUAUUGAGAAUGGUGAAGUGUAUAAUUGUAAGCAUGAAAAGUAGGCAGCAGUGGCACUAGCAGUAGCUGUUAAAGGUCUCUGCCAACAGUUAACUUAAGAACUCGUCUGAUAUUGUAUUUAAGUCUGCUAAUUCUGUUCAGUAUUGCUGUACCGUGUCAUCUCUUUUAUGUUAGUUGAAUUGACAUUACUUAUUGUUUUAAAUCACCAUUGGUGUUUGAAAAUGCUCAGAAUUUGUCAGUUAGAAAUGUACCUACCUAAGGUGUUUAUGGUACAUGUUCAUAAUGUAUGUGAAUGUCUCAGAAUUUGUCAGUUAGAAAUGUACCUACCUAAGGUGUUUAUGGUACAUGUUCAUAAUGUAUGUGAAUGUCUCAGAAUUUGUCAGUUAGAAAUGUACCUACCUAAGGUGUUUAUGGUACAUGUUCAUAAUGUAUGUGAAUGUCUCAGAAUUUGUCAGUUAGAAAUGUACCUACCUAAGGUGUUUAUGGUACAUGUUCAUAAUGUAUGUGAAUGUCUCAUCCUUACUCAGGCUUGUAAUUGAGCCUCAUAACAGAAGCAAAAUAUGGCCUGCUGUUAUUAUUUUAAAGUUUCUGCUAAGAAAAAACAUGGCCUACUGCAAAUAAAGACAACGUGGAGUGGUGGGGGUUGGGAUAGUGUGUCAAAAAUUAACACCUCCACAAUGUAUUUUAGAACAUUAAGCAAUUAAACUGUCCUCAGUGGCGUCGUGGUUAAACCAUGCAUUAAGUUCAGUUUAAAGAAAGGAUAUUCAUUCUUAAUGAACAGUUCAAGAGUUGAAUCAAUCAAGAGAGUUGAAAUAAGUGUUGAUUAAAAAAUAUUAAUUUCUUCACCUCCCAUUGUUUUUAGCUUAAAAUGGCGUUAUGAAUUUAAGUAAUUGGUAUUUUCUGUGGUAAAAUGAAGUCUUUGUUUUUAAUACUGAUCCACUUGUUCAGAGUAUAUUGGGUGAUGUAUAGUAUUCCUUACCGGAGAACUUCUUGAAUCUGAAUCCGUUUAGGAAAUGGGUAUCUACUGUUUAUGAAAGUCGAAGAGUUUUCAUCGAAAAACGCAAUAAACGCCACUAUACACAUCCAAUCCUAAAAACAUUUUUAUUCCAAACCACCAUAAACACUACACCAGUUUAUCUGCAAUCUGCAAUAUAUCCUCGGACAAUCGUAUCACGUUUUGCUGAAAAUUGAAUUUGAACUUGUGUGUUCGUCUAUGUGUGAACAGUGUCCCGAGUGGUGUUCGCAUAAUGGUUUUUAAUAUGGCGUUUAUCACGUUUUGCGAUGAAACUCUCAAGUGUAUUUAUAGGUAUUACAAACCAGAUAUUACGUGAAGUGAUGUCCAUUCAGUGGUGAAAUGACAAUCUGAUGCUAAACGUGGUAGUAUUUCUAAAGUUAAUAUUACAAUUACAGCCCUGGCAAUUACCCACGAUUAUUGUCGAUGCCAUGGUGUGUUCAUUUUUCCAAGUCAUUUAUUUCUCCAUAGCAUGGUUUCUUCCAGAGGGUACAGAGGGUAAAAUUACGUACCCUAAAAUGUGUCAAAUUUCAAAGUAUUUGCAACUCGUUGCCACCAAAUAGGGACAAUUUUAAUCAGUUUUGUUUUUAUAUUACAUACCCUCACAUUAAUUUCUGGCACAAAUCCUGCAUGUAACUUCAGUUUACCUAUAUCAGUUCUUUUUAUUAUUUUUUGGUAAUACUGACAAAUGAAACACUUCGAACACAUUACCUGAAAAGAUGCAGUGAAGACUUUAUUUGUUCACAGCAUAUUGUUUGCUAUAGCCAUUUUGUGAAUUGCCAGGGUUGGAGUAUUGUAGUGCUGCAUCAUGAAUGUACGUCACAACAUACAAACUGUGAUAGAUGGAUUUGUUAAAUGUAUUAAACCAAGUUAAAUUCCA